GAGGGCUGCACUGGUCUUAAAAGCAUUGUGCAUUUUUUCAGCCCGGAUGACCUUAGUCACAAUCGCGAGAGGUGGCUAACUUAUGAGAGUGACAAAAUUUAGCACACGGGGAGGGCAGUUUGGAUGUUAUGCAACUUUAAUGCAGCAUUUCCGCCGUGCCCCGCCUUCGGGGGUCUCGGUGCAAUGACAUCCCGCCAUCUCCACGACAUCUCCACAACGAUUAGGGUAGAGAUGCGAACCUAGACGAGCAAGAUUUACUAGAAAAGACAAGCCCUUCUCCUUCUUCUAGCACGUUUUCUUGGUCGCGUAACUUCGAUCGUGACACCAAAGCCUCAUCUAAGACACCAUCACACCCAGCUGCCACGAUGACUACAUUGCUUGCUGGAAAGGUCGCCGCUAUCACGGGUGCAGUGACGGGCAUUGGACGAGCCAUCGCACUCGAAUACUUGCGUCAGGGAGCAGCUGUGGCGGUGAAUCACUUCCCGGACUCGAAAUCAGACGAUCAAUUCAAGAGCAUGAAAGAGGAGGCGGGUGCUGGUGCAAAGCUCAUUGCUGUGCCUGGCGAUAUUGCGAAACCAGAGACUGGAACCGACUUUGUUUCCAAGACCGUGUCCGAGUUUGGCAGAUUAGACGUGUUUGUGAGCAACGCUGGAGUUUGCCAAUUUGCCGAGUUUUUAAGUUUGAGCCCUGAUCUCCUCAAGUCGACAGUAUCCAUCAAUCUCGAAGGAGCCUUCUUCGCCGUCCAAGCAGCGGCUCGCCAGAUGAAAGAGCAGUCCCCUCAAGGUGGCAGCAUCAUCGGCGUGUCGUCCAUCAGCGCUCUUGUUGGUGGUGCUGGCCAAACACAUUACACGCCGACCAAGGCAGGUAUCUUGUCUCUUAUGCAAAGCUGUGCUUGUGCUCUGGGACCAUAUCGUAUCAGAUGUAAUGCCCUGCUACCGGGUACGAUUCGAACUCAGCUCAACGACGAGGACCUAGCAGAUCCGCAGAAGAAGGAGUACAUGGAAGGUCGCAUCCCGUUGCGCCGAUUGGGCCAGCCUCAUGAUCUUGCUGGUCCAGCUGUUUUCCUUGCUUCAAGCCUUUCGUCAUAUGUGUCUGGCGCACAGAUAUUGGUGGACGGUGGCGCUUUUGUAAACUUCCAAUAGACACUCUACGAACAAGCACCAUUUGGAUGUCGUCUUCCUCC